AUGACGGAAUACGGGACUUCCACGGACAAUCGGAACGGCACAUGCUAUACGCUGAGAGUGACAUGGACAGCAGGAACCAACCCGUUAUCUUAUAUGCGGGAGUCAGAACCACCACCGCCAAAGGUGGAUGGUCUAUGCAUGCCAAACCUCAUUGCUGACCUCAUCAUCGGAGAAAUUCCUGGUGCAGGGCCCCCAGAGCAAACCAAACAAAUGGCAGGUGCCGCGAUGACCCGGGCAGCCACAAGAAGACAGCAGGAGACACUGAAGACCCCUGCCAGCUCACCGUGCACAUCACUGAACAAGGCCCAGCUCGUCGUCGUCCCCACGCCAUUGAGGAGCCAAGUGAUGGACGUAGCUCACUGCUCUCUCAUGGGAGGUCAUCUAGGCACCAGGAAGACUAAGGAUAUAGUCCUUAGCAAUUUCUCCUGGCCUGGUUGUGCAGCUAACAAAACUCCACUGAUUGACACUCCCUUCAAACGAGUGGCAGUGGACAUCGUCGGCCCCAUAAAACCAGCAUCCAGUGAGGGCCAUCGAUACAUUCUCACGCUGGUGGACUAUGCCACCAGGUACCCUGAGGCCGUCCCCCUGAAGAGGAUCACGACUAAAACUGUGGCAGAGGCCCUUGUGGAAAUCUACAGCCGCCUGGGUAUACCAGAGGAAGUCAUCCAUGAUCGAGGGACCCAGUUCAUGUCCGACUGUAUGCACGAGGUGAGCUGUCUGCUUAGCUUGAAGCAGUUGCCAACAACCCCUUACCACCCCAUGAGCAACGGCUUGGUUGAGAAAUUCAACGGCACCCUCAAGGCAAUGUUGAGUCGUCUGUGUGCGGAGCAGCCUCGACAGUGGCGCCGGUACUUGAGUCCACUAUUGUUUGCUUAUCGCGAAGUACCUCAGUCCUCCACUGGUUUUGCCCCGUUUGAGCUCAUGUAUGAGGUUCGGGGUCCCAUGGGAAUCCUGCAGGAGUUAUGGACGGGAGAGAGAAUCGCUCCACAAGUCAAAACAAGCUAUCAUUAUGUGUUUGACCUCUGCAAACGGCUUGAAGAGACUAUGGCACUGGCAAGACAGAAUUUAGAAGGAGCUCAGAGCCGGUACAAAAGGCACUAUGACCGCAAGACGAAGGCCCGUUCGUUCAAAGCAGGCGAUGAAGUGCUGGUUCUCCUGCUGGCGACCCACAAUAAAUUGUUAAUGCAGUGGAAGGGGCCUCUGACUGUGGAAACUCGUCGGGGUAACGUAUACCAGCUGAAGAAUGCUGCGGCUGCAGUAAUCGAGUGGGAGGAGACCAACAGUGAGAGUGCAAUCUCGGAAGAUCUCCUAGAGGCCCUCGACCGGAAGAACUCAAGCCCACAAGGUCAAGUUGAGAAGGGACGACAGUUAAGCCAGCUCCAGUGCACUGAACUGGGGAACUUGACUGAACAAUAUCGCGAUAUGUUUUCUGGGGUCCCGGGGGUAACUGAUCUCAUCACCUAUCAUAUCCGAACAAGCAACGAGAUACCCGUUCGCGCAAAACCGUACCCUAUUCCAUAUAAACUCAGGGAAGCUCUGCACGCUGAGGUGCAAGAAAUGUUGGACAUGGGAAUCAUCCGGGAAUCCCACUCGCCUUAUGCAUCGCAAGUUGUGGUGGUGAAGAAGAGAGAUGGAACAUACUGGGUGUGUGUGGACUACCGCCAGCUGAACAAGAAGGUUGAGUUUGAUCCCAUGCCUAUGAGCACCGUAGAAGACCUACUGCACAAGAUGGGAGGGGCGAAAUACUUCUGCAAAAUCGACCUUAGCAAAGGAUACUGGCAAAUACCAGUGGCCGAAGAAGACGUCCACAAGACAGCUUUCGUGACCCCAGACGGACAAUACGAAUUCCUGCGGAUGCCAUUUGGGAUGGUGAAUGCUGGAGCGACCCUUGUACGGGCCGUCAAGUUCCUAUUGAAGGGAAUGAGUGGAGUGGAGAGUUAUAUUGAUGACAUCAUCGUCCACUCAGCCACGUGGGAACAACAUCUUCGGCUUCUGGAGGAACUUUUCAGAAGGAUAAAGGCAGCUGGGAUGACGGCCAGGCCAUCUAAAUGCACCCUGGCUACCGACAGGGUGGAGUUCAUCGGGCAUGUGCUCUCUAAUGGAUCCAUGGGACUAUUAGAAGAUAAUCUGCCCAUUCUUAGGCUCCCCGAUCAUUCUCGUUCAUACAUCCUGCAUACUGAUGCAUCAGACACGGGCAUAGGUGCUGUCCUGCUACAGGAAUGGGAUGGCGAAUUGUUCCCUAUCAUCAACCAUGUGGGAACGCAAGGAUCAUGCGGUGGGCCAUGUACCUGCAGAACUUUCGGAUCCAGAUGCAAUCGAUCAAAGGAAGUGAAAACUUUAGGGCAGAUUUUCUUAGCAGAGCACACUCGCCAGAGGGACCCAACAGUGCACCAUGCUAGGAGGGAUCAGGAAGUCUCUGUGCCCAAGAUGUUUUGA